AUGUGGGUGAACCCAUUAGGAAGGCAGUUGGAAAGAGCCCCCAGGAGACUUGGUGUGGACGGAGUUAGAAGCUAUUGGCCGACUUGUUUUUGUGAGCAGGCAAGGCACGAGGAGCAGCAGCUGGAAGAAGCAACCCUGAACAUAUCCGGGAAGUUCCUGCUUAGUGGAAGGCGAGACGGAGGCCCGUGCGGAGCCCCGCCGACCGAAACCCCUGGAGCGGCCGCGGCCGCAGUCGGAUGUCGUGGGCGCGGCGGGCAGGGCGGGUGGCCCGGGCCGCCGGCCCCAAUCUCCGCGACGGCCCCAGGGCGUGAAGGCGGUGCGAGAGGUCUGAGGAAGCGAGGCAGGCGGCCAGCGCAAGGGCCAGACGAGGCGGGAGGCUGCGGCCUUGAGGCCGGGGGGCGUGAGGAGAGCAGGCGAAAGACGAGAAUAGUGGCCCGAGCGUCUGGGAGAGAAGAGGUGGAAAAUGACAAGUCGGCCAAGGAAAAAAGAAAAAUUACCGAAGCCUCAAGUGAUGAUCCACAGCCAGGGAUUGACCUGGUAAGAAAGGAAUCAUUAACCAGUUCAGAAUUUUUCCAAACGGUGGAGUGCAGUGAGUUUCAAAGUAUGGCUUUCUUGCAGUCUUUGGGUAAGGAAGGUUUGGUAGAAGAUAUUAAAAGAAGAAUUUGAAUGAAAAAAUUUAAAAGCUUAGAAAGCCCACCUCUCAAAAUAACUGAAAAUGAGGGUACAAAAAAUAUUAAGGUUGAAUUCCAAGAUGAACUGUACAAGAAUACUCCAGAAUUUUCUUGUAACAGCUUGUCACCUGAAGUAGAAAAUAAUUCUAUUUUAAAAUUACAUGAUUGCAAUUGUUUUCCCCAUUCCAAGGGUUGUAAUGAUGAAAACAACCUUGCGUAUAAACCUGAUGGCGGAUGUAAGCAUGUGGCAGAAAAUUCCUCGAAGUUAAAGAAAGAAAACCUUCGGAGUCUUGCAGAGAAGGGUGACACAAGUAGUAUUCAUCAGCUCUUACAAACUGAAGAAAAAUUAAUGGGAGUAAAGUUACUGCUUGAAGAAAGUGAUUUACACCACAGUAAAAAUAAUGGCUUGCUUUCCUGCCUUCAAAGUGAAAAAAACAAAUAUUCAAUAGAGGAGAGCAAUGUUGGGAGAAAAUCAAGGAAAAGGAUGAAGUUGUCUGACAAAGGAGACGAAAUAGUUGUUGAGAUGAAUUUCUCUAAUAUAUAUAACAAGUCUGAGUUGGUGUUGCAAGAAAAUCAAAUGAGGACCAAGGGUAAAGAAGCAGAGACUUUAGAAGCUAAAAAAAGUCCUUUAAAUGUUUUGAGAAAAGUAAACUGUAAUACACUCUCUCCAACGGAUCACUUAUUAAGUCUGCCAGAAACAGUAGGAGAAAAAGCAAGUCCUGGACAUCAUAUGAAGUCCGAGUUUCAGAACACUCUUGAGACACUACUUUUGAAAGAAGAAACAAAGAAUGCUUCAGAGCCCUUAGGCUGUAAAAGCAUGGAGCCAGAAGAAUAUUUUAAAUCGAUGAAAAGCUCCAUAGUGAAAUCACCUAGUGAUUGCCAUCAUAUUGAAAAAAGAUCUUCACGGGAAGACAUGAAAAAUGAAGCUGAAGAAUCAAAGUUAAGCUGUCGUAGGACAGUACCAAUGACUGGUAAAAGAACUUGGCCUUAUUAUUCAUGUGCUAGAGUAUCUGCCCAUUGUUGGAAAAAGGCUUCCUUACCACAAUCAAAUUACCUUCUUCCUGGGUCUAGAGAACAUUUUAUGCAAGGUGAUUUUUUUAAACACCAAACAAACCAGGCUCACAUGACUGAAUCCAGGUUAUUGUUUCAAAGUUCCUUAACAGAAACAAACACUGAAUCUUCAAGUAAAGAAAAAUUGGAUUCUAAUUUAAAUUGUUUGUCUUCAGUUUCUGCAGUAGAACCUACUUUAAAAGAACCUAUAAUUAAUGAUAAUAAAAAGAUAAAGUCAGAGGAAUUGAGCAGAGGUGGGUCAGAGGUAGUUUCUAAUACUACUGAAGAUACUCAGUCAACUAAUGUGACUCAAAGUCUAACAGGAAGUAAAAAAAAAGAAAGGGGGAAUUUAACAAAACUUAAUUUCACACUGGCUUCCCAGGUUGGCCAGGAAGCAAAUAACUCUACAGGCAAAGCUGUUCAUCGAAAAGCAGGCAUUGCUAAGCAAACAUUUGUUUGUAAUCCAGACUUGGUUAAAAUAUUAAACACAGGACGGCUCAGUAAUUUUAAAAUCCCUUUACUUAAGAAUAAGACAGAAAAAGGAAAAGAAAAUGCCAAGUUAUCAGAGAAAGAAGCUUACAGUCCCCUAGAACUUCUUGACAAUUUAUCUGGAGCAAAGGUAAGACAGAACAGAAGUAAAGAAGAUGUCUCCAUGGCAACUUCAAGACCUCUGUCUUUGAGCAUGCAAAAUAGUUUAACUCCAGUGCAAGCUAGUUCAGACUCAUUCUACAGUAAAAAUUCCUGUAGUAUUUCUCCAAGCUUUACCAAGCAAGGUAAUGAUAAUAAGCCAUCUAAUCACAUCUCUGAUCCAGGCAAUAUUGUUUCUAAUAAGGAAGCUGUUUCUUUCACAGUUGAAAUUGAAAGUAAUACUUUUUCUUGUGAUCGUGGGUCUAUAGAGAAAAGUCCAUCCUGCUCUAACGAACAAGAAACAUUCAAACCAGUUUCCUGUGAAUUUAGUGGUAGAAAAAUGACUACGAGUUUUUCAGAAAUCAAAGUGGGGUUUCCAGAUAUUCUUAAGGCAUAUGAAGAUGAUGUCCUCUUAAUUGAUGUGAUUCAAGAUGACCCUGACCUCUUUGGAGUCUCCAAUGAAGGGGAGCUCUCAUGUACUUCAGAGGUCCUUGUGAUAAGUCAGGAGCCCAGUGUUGCUGAAGAGCACCAGUCAACAGACUCCAAGCACAUGGAACUUCCAGAAAAAGAACCAAGCGAUGACUUGAGAGAACUUCCUGUAGUGGACCCUGGAUUAAUGACGUCAGAGGUCUAUGCUUCCUUGUCAGCAGCAAAUGAAAUAAAACAUGAUUCCAAAGGUACAAACAUUUUCUUAGGAGAAGUUACUAAUGAGACCUCUGAAAAUGAAAAGCGGGGAGACGUCAGUGAACAAAUGAAAGCUUCAGACUUGGAUGAAAAGUGUAGAUUUUCAGACAAGGAAACUACUAACGAGGAAAAAGAAAAUAUCUAUGAAGUUUGCAAAAGCAAAGAUUCUAGAAAUUCAGAGAUUAUGGUUGGUGGACAUCAGUUACCAGCACUGGUCCCAAAACCUAUGUGCUUAUUAGUGCCCCCUUUGAAUCUAAGUGGUCAUCAGGAAGACACAAUACUGAAGCCUUGGAUGAAUGAUUUCAAAUUUCUGGGAAAACAUUCUGUCCUAAAGCUGCAGAAUCCUGAAACUUGUGAAAUAUUUAAAAGGGAAAAAAAUGCAGGGGGAUUUUUUCUAUUUUUCUAUGUGUUCCAGAAGCCCCUAGGGUUGAUGAUACCCUAUAGAUACUGCAAAUUUCAUUUUAAUACGUUACGUGGCUGUGAGCGAUCACAAUGCAAGUUUGCUCAUGUACCUGAGCAAGGGGAUGAAAAGGUUUGCAUGGAUGUUUUUAAGAAAUAUAUAGUUAUCAAUGAGCUGUGUUUGCUACAACGCGCAGUAAACAUAUUUAUGGAGUACUACAGAAAGUUUCCUCCGGGCAUACACUUUGAUUUACAAGUGCUAAAUAACCUUCUAAAUUCUUUACUCCAACAUUGUUUAUUAAAAGAAGUAUUUCAGGUAGUUAACCUCAGCAUAAUUGUUAAAAUGCUGCCUGCUCUGAAAAUAUUACUAAAAAUAUUUGAACAUGUGGCAACUAUGAAAUUAAGGAAUGCUGUACCUGCUUUAAUCGAUACCUUUUGCAAGCUUGUUGAAGCUGGGAUGGUGCCUGACUCAGAACAAUUUAACUAUAUUGUUAAGCUUUUAUACCAAGCACAAGCUUCCAAACAAGAAAUAACUGCAGUUCUAGAAAUGAAAUCCAGAUUACAGAUGAGGCAAUUUAAGAACUGGAAGUGUGACUUAGAUUCAGCUUUGAAUGAAAUAGAGCAUUGUAAGGAAAAAGGUGACUGGACCAAAUUGGGAAAUUUAUACAUUAAUGUAAAAAUGAGCUGUGAAAAAUUUGUGGAUUUCCAGAAAUUUUGUACUUGUAUUGCUGAAACACUAACAAAAGACUGUAAAGAAAGACCAUGUGUUCCUUUUUGUGAAUUUGCUGAAACAGUUAGCAAAGAUCCACAGAAUAGCAAAGUAGAUAAAACUUUGUUGGGAAGAAUUGGAAUCAAUGCCAUUUAUUUCUAUCACAAGCUGUUGCAGUGGUCCAAGGGAAGGAAGGUCUUAGAUAAACUACAUGAAUUAAAAAUACAUUUUACAAGUUUAAAAGGACUUACAGGGCCUGAGAAGUUAGCACCAAGAUGUCAAAUUGUGAAUGUUGCAGCAGAAAUUUUCCUAAAAAGUGGAAGCCUAGAUGGUGCCAUUUGGAUAUUGAGGGAGUCAGAAUGGAUAAUCAGUACACCACUGUGGCCUUGUGAUAGACUGGAUGUGGUUAACCGACAUAAUUUGCUCUGUACAAUUGCACAUGAAACCUUAGCCAAGAGCCUUUACAGACAGACAUUUGAAGUUUUGCAGAAUCUACCAGGUUUUCAAAAUUCUCAAGAAACUGUGGAGGUCUCACAGUAUAGCCUUCUUUUUAAUAAACUUCUAGAUACCUGUAUAGAAAGCAACAGUCUUGGUAUGUCAUCCUCCGUAGCAGAAUUCAUGAUUUCAAAGAGCAUCCCUAUUGAUUUUUCUUUUCUUAGAAGAUUAAUUACUUCUUUAGGAAGGAGUUCUUUAUGGCUCAAAGCCAGAGCCCACUACAAAAGUGCUCUUUCACUGGGUUGCUACCCACCAUUGGAGGGAAAUUUAUACCGAAAACUUCUACUGAUUCCUUCUUAUUUAUCUGAGAUUGAAAUGCUUUUAGCUAUUGAAAUCUUCCUGGUAUCUAAUGCUAGCAGCAUUCAGAGUCCUGGAACUUCAACACAGAUGCUGCAGAUAGUUUUGAAAAGGUGUGAAGAAAACAAAUCUCGGAGCAAGGAUGAUUAUCAAGCUGCAGUAGAAAGGUUAAUUAUGGCUGCUCAUAUAUCGGAUCCAAAGCUUUUCAUUAAGCACAUGACCAUCAAUGUUAAUAAGGAACAAGUUUAUAAUCUGGAACAUUGUUCUGCCCUGAAAUGGUUGACAGAGAAUAUGAAGUGGGCUGGAAAGGUUUGGCUUUUCAGUAACCAUUAGUUAAUAAAAACUUUUUUUUAAGUUCACGUAAUCAUUGUUGAAAAUAAGUCAA